AUGCUGAUCUUGUACGGGUCGCAGACGGGCACGGCCGAGUCGUACGCCAAGAUCGUGCACUCGUUUGCGAAGGCGCGUGGCCUCGCCUCGCGCAUGAUGCCGGCGAGCAGCUACGACAUGGCCGCGCUUCCGCUCGAGGACGAGAACGUCGUGCUCUUCAUCACGUCGACGUUUUACAACGGCGAGUUCCCCAACAACUUUGCGUCGUGCUGGGAGUACCUCAAGAACGAUGCGCCGGCCAUGCUCAACCUCAAGUUUGGCGUCUUUGGCCUCGGCUGCUCGACGACCAAGGACAACUUUAACCGCGCGGCCAAGUCGGUGCGCGCGCGCCUCCUCGACCUCGAAGCCGUCGAGCUCAUUCCGGCCGCGUACGGCGACGAGCACGACGCGUGCGGCCACGAGACAGCCUUUCGUCCGUGGAUCAAGUCGCUCUGGACCGCGCUCCUCGGCGACGACCAAAAGAUGACGCUGCCCGUGCACUAUGACGUGCGCCAGUUCCACAUGGACGCGCCCCGCGACUUUGGCCCGUCGUUUGGCAACUUUACGGUUGUUAGCAACGAGCUGCUUACGCCCGAGGGCUACGAGCGACCGACGUACCUCCUCACGAUGGACCUCCCAGACGGCAUGAGCUACCAGACAGGCGACCACGUCCAGCUCGCGUACACCAACCCCGACGACCUCGUCGAACGCGCGGCCGCGCGCCUGCGCCUGAACCUCGACACGGUCGUACAGAUGCAGCCGCUCGAGUCCAACUUGCCCAAGACGUUUCCGUCGACGGCGCCCGUGACGGUCCGCGCGCUCCUGAAAGAGUACCUCGACUUGGCUUCGCCGCCGAGCCGGUCGUUCCUCGAAGGUCUCUCGAUGCUCGCGUCGGACCCCGAAGAGGCAGCGUAUCUGCAGAACCUCGCCGAGGACAUGGGCGUCGGCAACCUCUACAUGCGCUACGUGAGCGGCGGCAUGCUCCGCGAGCCGUUCACGCUCAUUGACGUGCUCGAAGACCAUCCGUCGAUCAAGGUCAAGCUCGACCACCUCCUCGGGAACGUCCGGCCCAUCAUGCCGCGCUAUUACUCGAUUUGCUCGAGCCACUUGGUGUCGCCGCGCCAGAUUCAAGUGUGCUACAUGGUCGACCAGUGGUACUGCACAAAGGACCCGACCGUCGUCAUCCAAGGCGCGGCCGCCGGCUUUCUCUCGCACCAAGUGCCCGGCAACCGCGUCACGGCCAAGACGAGCCGCGGCUACUUCAAGAUCCCCGAGACGCUGUACGUGCCGAUCAUUGGCGUCGCGCUGGGUACUGGCAUUGCAUUCUUCCGCGCACUCAUGCAGCACCGCGCGGCCAUGCACGUCGAGUCGCCGGACGCGCCCGUGACGCCGCUGCGUCUCUACUAUGGCGUGCGCCACGCGUCCAAGGACUUUCUCUUCAAGGACGAGCUCCACGGGUGGGAAGAGGAGGGCCUCCUCGAGCUCAUUCCCGCGUGCUCGCACGAUUCGGCGGCCUUUGUGACGCCGGCCACCAAGCUCGCCGAGCACCCGGAGAAGGUCUGUGAGUACCUCGACAAUGGCGGCGUGUACUUUUACUGCGGCAUUGGCGGUGUCAUCCCCAACUACCACGAGGCGUCGGUGCUGCACGCGCUCAUGGAAGGCCACGGCGACGAGACGACGGCGGCCAUCGAGGCCUCGACCAUUGAGGCGCUCAAGGAGUCGGGUCGCUGGCAAGUGGAGGCCUUCUCGCGGUCGCUCGACCACGAAAACGCGCUGCAGCAAGCCCAAGACGUGGUCCUCAACAAGGACCGCCGACCGAUUGCCGAUGUGCUCAGAGACUGCGAGAUGUUUUGCUACCAGUGCGCGCAGACGAGCCAGGGCGUUGCGUGCACCAAGGUCGGUGUCUGCGGCAAGACGCCGACGGUCGCCGCGCUCCAGGACCUCGUCAUGGAGCACCUCAAGCACCUCUCGUGGCUCGCGCACCAGAUUCGGUCGCUGGACGCGGGCGACGACAGCGAGCUCUUGCGCGCGCUCGAUGCCUUUACGCUCGACGCGGCGUCGUCGACGCUCACGAACGCCAACUUUGACCCGAUGCAUUUUGUGGCGCUCGUCGACAAGGCGCUGACGUUCUACGAGCCGCUGCAAUCGCUCUACAACGAGUCGGCCAUGGCGCUCGACGAAGACCCGCUGCCGACGCCGUGGAUCCAUCGCGAGUUGCCGCAGAGCGCGGCCGCCGCCUCGGACGUGGACAUGGAAGACCUCGUCAAGCACAGCAAGAAGGUCGGCGUGCUCUCGCGCCUCGCCUUGCGCGCAACGACGCGCUCGUGGGCCUGCAAGAGAUGCUCGUGCGCCAACGACGCCGAGGUCCAGAGCUUUGUCCACGAAGCGUUUGCGUUCCUCUUGACCAAAGACGCGAGCAACGUGGAUGCGUGCAUUGAGAUGCUCAUGCGCGUCGGCCAAGUCAACCUCGUCGCGAUGGAGCUCCUCGCCAAGGCCAACGGCCCGCAGUCGCCGGCGACCGUCUCGAUCGCGCCCGUGUCGGGCCACGCGAUCUUGGUGUCGGGCCAAGACCUCUAUGUCGUCCGAGCGCUCGUCGCGCAGUGCGCCGCGUACGAAGAAGCCAAUGGCGUGCACAUCAACGUCUUUACGCACGGCGAGCUCCUCACAGCGCAUGCGCACGAAGACCUCCGCGCGUCCGGGCACCUCGCGGGCCACUUUGGCACCGCGUGGCAGCGCCAGUCGAUGGAGUUUGGCCACUUUCCCGGCGCGAUCCUCAUGACGACCAACUGCCUCACGCCGCCCCAGACGACGUACAAGGAUCGUCUCUUCUGCGCCGGCAUGGUGGGCUACCCGGACGUGCCGCACUUGGCGGCCGACGACCUCUCGGCGCUCCUCGACAAGGCGGUCGCGUGCGCCGGCUUCACCGACGACGACGCGACGUUCUCGUACCCGCCCAACCCGUUCGUGCCGUCGGCCACGUCGUACACGGUUGGGUACGGCGUCGACACGCUGGUCGCGCGCGUCGAUGAGAUUGUCGACGCGAUGAACGCGGGCGAGAUCUCGCGCUUCUACAUCGUGGGCGGCACGGACGGCUACGAGGGCGAGCGCACGUACUACACGGACCUCGUGAACGCCUUGCCGCCGACCAGUGUCGUCCUCACGUUUGGCUGCGGCAAGUACCGCAUGAACCACAUGGACCUUGGCACGAUCGGCGAGACGGGCAUUCCUCGGCUCAUUGACCUCGGCCAGUGCAACGACGUGCUCGGCGCGAUCGAGCUCGCCAAGGCGAUCGCUGCCAAGAUGGACGUGACCGUCUCGGACCUCCCGCUCUCGAUCGUGCUCGCGUGGUUUGAGCAGAAGAGCAUCGUGACGAUGCUGACGCUGCUCUCGCUCGGCAUUUGCCACAUGCGCGGCGGCCCCACGACGCCGGCGUUCUUGCGGCCGUCCGUCUUUGAGAUCAUGCGCGACCGGUACAACCUCAAGAUGAUCUCGGUCAGUGCGCCGCGGGACGUGACCAACAUGCUCUACGGCGCGUAA